UGAAGGUCAAAACAGUAGGCAAAGAGGUCCCUUUUGCCAUCAUGAGACUUUAGCAUCUGUGAAAGGAACAAAAUUCAAUAAAAACGCAAAUUCAAAGACCCAUAUCUCAUAUUUUGACUCCUGUCUACAAUUUUUCAGAAUGAUUUUACAUGGCAGUACAACCAUUGCCAAAUGGUGGUACAAGAGCAACAAAACUUAGAAGCAGCAAUUCAAUGGUGAUAAAGUAUCUUAUAUGGGUGAGGUGAGCUGAGUCACAGGCUAAAUCUGGGGAUCAGAUUCACCUCACUGUACCCACAAACGCCAAAAACUGAUUGGUUACAUGAAUCUUGAUCCAUUUUCCUCCCUAACCAGUACCAGCUCAUUCAACUUAGUCUCGCAGUCCUUAAUUCUCUCAAAUUCUGACACCCUUCUCUCUCUCUCCUUUCUCUCUCUCUUCUUGAAAGAAAGAUAAGGGAUGAUGUCUUCACGUGAUGUCCAUACCCUUUUGGGUUUGCUGGUAACUUCUUAUUCGAGACCUGGACGACAAAUCAAGAUUGUGGCUUAUGCUAAUUUUGGGGUGCAUCAACUGACACCAUUAAACUACGUUUGGAAAGGAAACAACUGGGCAACUCGCUACUUUCUAGUAAAGUCCCUCUCACUUCCUAUUUAUAGAAACUCGUAUCGUACUGUGAUAUUUGUGUAUAGUUGUCUGUAUGAGCUUUGGGAAGUGUGUAUUUAAUGUUAUCGAUGAAUCUUUUAAAGGAUUAAGUGCCCUGGAAUUGGAGAAGUGAAAGUUGUGGUCCCUUUUUUGGCCAUUGGGAGAUUCAGAGGAGGCGCUGAUCGAAGCUUACGUUGGCGUAAGAUCAGUUUGUUAUUCAGCUUUAGAUUCGGACCAACUAUAUCAAGAGUUCAGCGGAAAGCUACUUAUGCACUUGUUGUUACCGCUGAAAUCUUGUGAAAGAUUUGAGUCAAAAUGUCAUCUUCAAGACCUAGCCAAUCUUCCACCACUUCAUCAAGAUCAAAGCACAGUGCUAGGAUCAUUGCACAGACCUCUAUAGAUGCAAAGUUGCAUGCAGACUUUGAGGAGUCAGGUGAUUCCUUUGACUAUUCAAGCUCAGUGAGGGUUACGAGUGUUGCUGGAGGUGAGCAAAGGCCGAAGUCAAACAAAGUGACCACCGCUUACCUUCAUCAGAUCCAAAAGGGAAAGUUUAUCCAGCCAUUUGGUUGUUUGUUAGCCUUGGAUGAGAAAACAUUAAAAGUCAUAGCAUUCAGUGAGAAUGCCCCUGAAAUGCUGACCAUGGUUAGCCAUGCUGUUCCAAGUGUUGGUGACCAUCCAGUUCUUGGCAUCGGGACUGAUAUUAGAACUAUAUUCACUGGUCCUAGUGGCGCAGCAUUGCAGAAGGCCUUGGGGUUUGGGGAGGUUUCUCUGUUAAAUCCUGUCCUUGUUCACUGCAAAACCUCUGGGAAGCCAUUUUAUGCAAUUGUUCAUAGGGUUACAGGUAGCUUAAUCAUUGAUUUUGAGCCUGUGAAGCCCUAUGAAGUUCCCAUGACUGCCGCAGGGGCCCUGCAGUCAUAUAAACUUGCAGCCAAAGCCAUUACUCGCUUGCAAUCAUUGCCCAGUGGCAGUAUGGAAAGACUUUGUGACACCAUGGUUCAGGAGGUUUUUGAACUCACAGGUUAUGACAGGGUGAUGGCAUAUAAGUUUCACGAUGAUGAUCAUGGAGAGGUGAUGUCUGAGAUCACAAAGCCUGGCCUCGAGCCUUACCUUGGUUUACAUUAUCCUGCUACAGAUAUUCCACAGGCUGCACGUUUUUUGUUUAUGAAGAAUAAGGUCCGAAUGAUUUGUGAUUGCCGAGCAAAACAUGUGAAGGUAGUCCAAGAUGAGAAGCUUCCGUUUGACUUAACAUUGUGUGGCUCUACUCUUAGGGCCCCUCACUACUGCCAUUUACAGUAUAUGGAGAACAUGAAUUCAAUUGCAUCACUUGUAAUGGCAGUUGUGGUCAAUGAUGGGGAUGAAGAAGGAGAAAGCUCUGAUUCUUCACAAUCACAAAAGAGAAAAAGGCUAUGGGGCCUGGUUGUUUGCCACAACACCACCCCAAGGUUCGUCCCAUUUCCACUGAGGUAUGCAUGUGAGUUUCUUGCACAAGUCUUUGCCAUACACGUUAACAAGGAACUGGAAUUGGAAAAUCAGUUCCUUGAGAAAAAUAUUCUCCGUACUCAGACUCUCUUGUGUGAUAUGCUGAUGCGAGAUGCUCCCCUAGGUAUCGUGUCACAGAGCCCCAACAUUAUGGAUCUUGUCAAAUGUGAUGGUGCUGCUUUGCUCUAUAAGAGUAAGAUACAUCGAUUAGGAAUGACCCCAAGCGAAUUUCAGCUGCAUGAUAUAGUAUCAUGGCUUUGUGAAUAUCAUACAGAUUCCACAGGCUUGAGUACGGAUAGCUUGUAUGAUGCUGGUUUUCCUGGGGCUCUUGCUCUUGGUGAUGCAGUCUGUGGUAUGGCGGCUGUGAGAAUAUCUGAUAAGGACUGGCUUUUCUGGUUCAGGUCACACACUGCUGCUGAAGUUAGAUGGGGUGGUGCAAAGCAUGAACCUGGUGAGAAGGAUGAUGGCAGGAAAAUGCAUCCUAGGUCAUCAUUCAAAGCAUUCCUGGAAGUUGUCAAGACAAGGAGUAUACCCUGGAAGGACUAUGAGAUGGAUGCAAUCCACUCUUUGCAGCUUAUACUAAGAAAUGCAUUUAAGGAUGCUGAUACUGUGAAUUCAAAUACCAAUUCCAUCCAUACGAAGCUUAAUGAUCUAAAGAUUGACGGAAUGCAGGAACUAGAAGCAGUGACAGCUGAAAUGGUUCGUUUAAUUGAAACAGCUUCAGUCCCUAUCUUUGCAGUUGAUGUGGAUGGGCAGGUUAAUGGAUGGAACACAAAAGUUGCUGAAUUAACUGGUCUUCCUGUCGAUGAAGCAAUUGGGAAACAUUUGCUCACUCUCGUGGAGGAUUCAUCAGUUGAUACCGUGAGUAAGAUGUUGGAAUUAGCAUUGCAGGGGAAAGAGGAAAGAAAUGUAGAGUUUGAAAUAAGAACACACGGGCCGUCAAGGGAUUCUAGUUCAAUCAGCUUAAUCGUGAAUGCAUGUGCAAGCAAGGAUGUUAGAGAUAGUGUUGUGGGUGUAUGUUUUAUUGCUCAGGAUAUAACUGGACAAAAAAGUAUUAUGGACAAGUUCACCCGAAUCGAAGGUGACUAUAGAGCGAUUAUUCAAAAUCCUCACCCUUUGAUCCCGCCAAUAUUUGGCACUGAUCAGUUUGGUUGGUGUUCUGAGUGGAACUCUGCAAUGACAAAGUUAACUGGAUGGCGGCGUGAUGAUGUUAUAGAUAAAAUGCUGUUAGGGGAGGUUUUCGGGACACAGGUAGCUUGUUGCCGUCUUAAGAAUCAAGAAGCUUUUGUAAAUUUUGGAGUUAUACUAAACAACGCUAUGGCUGGUCAUGAAUCUGAGAAGGUUCCUUUUGGUUUCUUUGCACGUUAUGGGAAAUAUGUGGAGUGCUUACUCUGUGUGAGCAAAAGGUUAGAUAAAGAGGGUGCAGUAAUGGGGCUCUUUUGUUUCCUGCAACUUGCAAGCCAUGAGUUGCAACAAGCUCUUCAUGUUCAACGAUUAUCAGAACAAACUGCGUUGAAAAGGUUGAAAGUGUUAGCUUACAUAAGGAGGCAAAUUAGGAAUCCUCUUUCUGGGAUUAUAUUCUCUCGGAAGAUGCUAGAGGGAACUAGCUUGGGCGAAGAGCAGAAGAAUAUACUGCAUACAAGUGCACAGUGUCAGCGUCAGCUCAACAAAAUUCUGGAUGAUACAGAUCUUGAUAGCAUCAUAGAUGGUUAUUUGGAUCUGGAGAUGCUCGAGUUUAAGCUGCAUGAAGUAUUGGUAGCAUCUAUUAGUCAAGUCAUGAUGAAGAGCAAUGGAAAGAACAUAAUGAUCUUUAAUGACAUGGUUGAAGAUCUUCUCAAUGAAACUUUGUACGGAGAUAGUCCAAGGCUUCAACAAGUCAUAGCUAACUUUUUGUUGGUAUCCGUGAACUCUACACCAAGUGGUGGCCAGCUUAGUAUUUCAGGCAGGUUAACUAAAGAUCGCAUAGGAGAAUCUGUUCAGCUUGCUCUCUUGGAAUUCAGGAUAAGACACACCGGGGGUGGAGUGCCAGAAGAAUUGCUUAGCCAAAUGUUUGGUAGUGAAGCCGACGCAUCUGAAGAAGGGAUCAGCUUGCUUAUCAGCAGAAAACUGGUUAAGCUGAUGAAUGGGGAAGUUCAGUACCUAAGAGAGGCUGGGCGAUCAACUUUCAUUAUAUCCGUUGAACUCGCAGUGGCUACCAAGUCAAGCUGAUGGUUUCAGGAAGCCUCUAAGGUCUAAACUAAUUCUGUAGUUCUGUAUAGUGGAGGAGGAUUUCAAGUUAUCGUCUUUUAUGAUUUCCUGUGUGUUGUACUCGUUCUUGUAAAUUUCCCUUCUCCCUAUGCUACAUUUUUUUCGUUGGGUUUUUAGCAAGCCGCUUGAACAUUUUAA